CUCCCUUCCGCCGAAUUCCCCACAAGUCCCCAAACCUUCCACAACCUCCAGGCGGCGGCGCAGCUCGGACGCGAAGAUGGUGAAGUUCCUGAAGCCCGGCAAGGCCGUGAUCCUCCUGCAGGGCCGCUACGCCGGCCGGAAGGCGGUCAUCGUGCGCGUGUUCGAGGAGGGCACCCGCGACCGCCCCUACGGCCACUGCCUCGUCGCCGGCCUCGCCAAGUACCCCAAGAAGGUGAUUCGCAAGGACUCCGCCAAGAAGACGGCCAAGAAGUCGCGCGUCAAGUGCUUCCUCAAGCUCGUCAACUUCACCCACCUCAUGCCCACCCGCUACACGCUCGACGUGGACCUCAAGGACGUGGCCUCCGGCGGGCCCGACGCCCUCGCCUCCUCCGACAAGAAGGUCGCCGCCGCCAAGUCUGCCAAGGCCCGCCUCGAGGAGAGGUUCAAGACCGGCAAGAACAGGUGGUUCUUCACCAAGCUCCGCUUCUAGGCUGCGAGGCUGCCUGUUUCUUCUGCUAGUAUCGCCCGUUUAUUACUUUUUAGUUGGUAUCAAGUAUUGCUGCACUAAGCUAUCUCUGUUUUGGUAUUGUCCAUGGAGACUUUGUGGAUGGAUCUUGGAGAGGUGUUUGUUUGAGACAUAAUGACGUUUCCUCUGUUAAAUCGUGCCAACCAUAGUUACUGUUGAAAUUUGGUGAUGAUUACUUGUCACAUUAUCUU